AAAAUUACGGCUACUACUACUAGGCCCGUCCCUCGUAGAAUAACAACUAAUUUAAUGUUUUUGACAGCCCAGACCGCUGGCAGCCCCAUUAGCCGUCGGUUUGGGGCUCCCGCGGUGCCGGCCCGUCCGUGCGGGGGUCGGGGAGGAGGGAGCGGGGUGGGCCGGCCCACAGCGCGCACGCCGACGCUUUAAACAGGAGUGGCGUACCGCCGUCCUGCUGUAGCCAUUUCCCCGAAGAUGGCGGCGUGUAGACGUGUUCAGCUGCUCCUACUGCUGAUGCCCGCCUUGCUGGCUCUGUCCGCCUCCCGGGACGCCCGGCAGGGGGGCAAUCCGAUGGUCGUCCCCGGCGGCGGCGUCCCCCUGGGCGGCCAGAACCCCGGCGGGCCGCCGAACCCGGGCGGUGUGGGCCUCGGAGCCCCGGCCGCGCAGCCCCGCCGGGCGACCGGCUGGAAGCUGGCCGAGGAGGAGGCCUGCCGGGAGGACCUGACCCGGCUCUGCCCCAAGCACACCUGGAGCAACAACCUGGCCGUGCUGGAGUGCCUGCAGGACCGCAAGGAGGAUUCGGAGAUUGCUGCAGACUGCAACCAUCUGCUGUGGAACUACAAGUACAACUUGACGACGGAUCCCAAGUUUGAGUCCGUUGCUGUGGAAGUGUGCAAGAGCACCAUCUCGGAGAUCAAGGAGUGUGCUGAGGAAGAGCGAGGGAAGGGCUACCUGGUGUCCUGUCUGGUGGACCACCGAGGGAACAUCACUGAGUACCAGUGCCACCAGUACAUCACCAAGAUGACCACCAUCAUCUUCAGCGACUACCGGCUCAUCUGCGGCUUCAUGGACAAGUGCCGAGAGGACAUCAACACCCUCCGCUGUGGCAGCAUUAACCCUGGAGAGAAGGACGUCCACUCCCAGGGCGAGGUGAUCGCGUGCCUGGAGAAGGGGCUGGUCAGCGAGGCCGAGCAGCAGGAGGGGCGGCACAGCAUCAAGGAGGAGUGCAAGAAGGCCAUCCUGCGCGUGGCCGAGCUCUCCUCCGACGACUUCCACCUCGACCGCUACCUCUUCUUCUCCUGCCGCGAUGACCGGGAGCGCUUCUGCGAGAACACCCAGGCUGGCGAGGGCAGAGUCUACAAGUGUCUCUUCAACCACAAGUUUGAGGAGGCCAUGUCUGAAAAGUGCCGGGAUGCCCUGACCACGCGGCAGAAGCUGAUCGCACAGGACUACAAGGUCAGCUACUCGCUGGCCAAGGCCUGCAAGGUGGACCUGCGCAAAUACCGCUGCAGCGUGGACAACAACCUGCCCCGGGCAAGAGAGGCCCGGCUUUCCUACCUGCUGCUCUGCCUGGAGUCGGCUGUGCACAGAGGCCGCACGGUGAGCGGGGAGUGCCAGGGCGAGAUGCUGGACUACCGCCGCAUGCUGAUGGAGGACUUCUCGCUGAGCCCGGAGAUCGUGCUGCACUGCCGCGGGGAGAUCGAGGCGCACUGCUCCGGCCUGCACCGCAAGGGGCGCACGCUGCACUGCCUCAUGCGCGUGGGCCGCGGCGACAAGGGGAGCCUGGAGCCCCUCUGCCAGCAGUCGCUGCAGAAUCUGAUCCAGGAAACGGACCCUGGCGCGGACUACCGGAUCGACCGGGCGCUGAACGAGGCCUGCGAGUCGGUCAUCCAGACUGCCUGCAAGCACAUCCGCAAUGGUGACCCCAUGAUCCUGUCCUGUCUGAUGGAGCAUCUCUACACGGAGAAGAUGGUGGAGGACUGUGAGCACCGGCUGCUGGAGCUCCAGUACUUCAUCUCGCGGGACUGGAAGCUGGACCCCAUCCUUUACAAGAAGUGCCAAGGCGACGCCGCCCGCCUGUGCCACACCCACGGCUGGAACGAGACCAACGAGAUGAUGCCACCCGGCGCCAUCUUCUCCUGCCUCUACCGCCAUGCCUACCGCACAGAGGAGCAGGGCAGGCGGCUGUCCCGCGACUGCAAGGCCGAGGUCCAGCGGAUCCUGCACCAGCGCGCCCUGGACGUCAAGCUGGACCCCGCGCUGCAGGAGCGCUGCAUGACGGACCUGGGCAAGUGGUGCAGCGAGAAGACGGAGACGGGCCAGGAGCUGGAGUGUCUGCAGGACCACCUGGAGGACCUGAUGGCUGAGUGCCGGGAUGUGGUGGGCAACCUCACGGAGCUGGAGUCCGAGGACAUCCAGAUCGAGGCCCUGCUGAUCAGAGCCUGUGAACCGGUCAUCCAGACCUACUGCCAUGAGGUGGCUGAUAAUCAGAUCGACACAGGCGACCUGAUGGAGUGCCUGGUGCAGAACAAGCAUCAGAAGGAGAUGAAUGAGAAGUGCAUUGUGGGAGUCACCCACUUCCAGCUGAUUCAGAUGAAGGAUUUCCGUUUCUCCUACAAGUUCAAGAUGGCGUGUAAGGAAGAUGUACUCAAACUGUGUCCCAACAUAAAAAAGAAAGUGGACGUGGUGAUCUGCCUGAGCACCACCGUGCGGAACGACACCCUGCAGGACGUCAAGGAGCAGCGCGUCUCCCUCAAGUGCCGCAAGCAGCUGCGCGUGGAGGAGCUGGAGAUGACCGAAGAUAUUCGCCUGGAGCCUGAAUUGUAUGAAUCCUGCAAGCAGGACAUUGGGAAGUACUGCCAAAAUGUGGCCUUUGGCAAUGCCCAGGUGAUCGAGUGCCUGAAAGAGAACAAGAAGCAGCUGACAUCUCGCUGCCACCAGAAGGUGUUCAGGUUGCAGGAGGUGGAGAUGAUGGACCCCGAGCUUGACUACACUCUCAUGCGGGUGUGCAAGCAGAUGAUCAAGCGCUUCUGCACUGAUGCCGACACGAAGAACGUGCUGCAGUGCCUGAAGCAGAACAAGAACAGCGAGCUGAUGGACCCCAAGUGCAAGCAGAUGAUUACCAAGCGGCAGAUCACCCAGAACACAGAUUACCGCCUGAAUCCUGUGCUGCGGAAGGCCUGCAAGGCCGACAUCCCCAAGUUCUGCCAGAGCAUCCUGACCAAAGCCCACGACGACAGCGAGCUGGAGGGCCAGGUCAUCUCCUGUCUCAAGCUCAAGUACGCUGACCAGCGCCUCUCCCCUGACUGCGAGGACCAGAUCAGGGUCAUCCUGCAGGAGUCGGCGCUGGACUACAGGCUGGACCCCCAGCUGCAGGUGCACUGCACUGACGAGAUCUCCCGGCUGUGCUCCGAGGAGGCAGCAGCUCAGGAGCAGACUGGCCAGGUGGAGGAGUGUCUCAAGAUCAACCUGCUCAAGAUCAAGUAUGAGCCCUGCAAGAAGGAGGUCUUGAACAUGUUGAAGGAGAGCAAGGCGGACAUAUUCGUGGACCCCGUCCUGCACACGGCCUGCGCCCUGGACAUCAAGCAUCACUGCGCCGCCAUCCCCCCUGGCCGAGGCCGCCAGAUGUCGUGUCUGAUGGAGGCCCUGAAUGACAAGCGGGUUCGCCUGCAGCCGGAGUGCAAGAAGAGACUGCAGGACCGGAUCGAGAUGUGGAGUUACGCUGCCAAGGUGGCUCCAGCAGAGGGCUUCUCAGACUUGGCCAUGCAGGUGAUGAUCUCGCCCUCCAAGAACUACAUCCUGUUCAUGAUCGCGCUGGGGGUGUGCGUUCUCUUCCUGGUGGGCUUGCUGUGUGGCCGCAUCACCAAGCGCGUGACGCGGGAACUCAAGGACAGGUAGAGGGAGUCGGAGGGGCUCCCAGUGGCCGUUCUCUUCGCCAUCCCACCCUCCCUCACCUCUGCCCGUCCCAGCCUGGAAGACCACCAUGCAAGCUAAAGCCCAGCGGCGCCCUCUGAUGGCCAGGCUGGGGCCUCCAGUUCCCAUCCCCUCUUCUCCGACAGCGAAGCCGGACCACCCCCCCCCCCCCCACCUUACUCCAGGGGCAGGCUGCUUCCUGUCUGGCCUCUUAGGAGGCUUCUGUAGUGACCUGUAGCCCCAUCUUCCUCCUGUAUUGCGUGUAUCUGAGUCGCUCCUUCCCCCCGGUCUCCACAGACUCAAGCAGUUCAUGUUCAGUUCAUGACAGAUGAGACUUUUUUUUUUAAGCAUCAUUUUGCAUGUAGACUGUUUUGAUUUGUAUUUUUUUGUCUUCCCAUGCCAAAUUUUCUUCAUUUUUUGGGAGGGGGGGGGCAGGGGCCAGGGGACUCUCACACAGCAGCUUUGGUGCAACUAUUGUGCACAAUCACCCCCCCCUUCUCAGUGGUGUGAUGUCCUGGGCCAAAACAAGGGCUUCAGAUUUUUUGGGAAGGUUGAGACUUUUUUUGUUGACUUCGUUGGGAAGAAAAGACCAUAGCUUUUCUGCUAUCUGGCUUCAGGGUAUGACUUGUAAAAAGAAGUCGAGAUUUGAUUGAAUCGAUCACUGAUAUUGUAUCACCCCCUGCCCCCCCGGCCCCUCUCCCACUUGCCUGCCAGGGACUGUUGUGUUUUCGUUGUUGUUGGGAGUACGACUGCGCUCAUCUGAGCCUGUGAUGGUCUGUGGGUGGAUUUCUGUUUUGGAAACCAGGGUUGGCCAAAGGUCCUGCAGACCGGCUGUUCCAAUAAAAACAAAACACAUCUGAUAGCCCA